AUGAUUCGAUCCUCUUCCUCCUCUCUCGCGUCUUUCCUGUUCUUCUUUUUCUUUAUCCUCAAAGUCGUGGUUAAUGUUUCCGCGCAGAAGAAAAAUGAUUUCUCGGAAACGCUUCGAUUGUUGAUCGAUAAAACACCACCUCGUUCCACGUGUUUACCCACGGACGAAUUCGUUCGAGUUUCCGGCGACUCCUUUAUUUUAAACAACAAACCGUUCACGUUCGCCGGGUGGAAUCAGUGGGAGGUCGUCGAAGCGGCUUCAAACGCGCCACCGCCGUACCGAUGGACACCAAAGUUGGGCAUAGAACACAUCACGAACCAGCUCGAUGUGGCGGUGCGAACCGGCUUGAAAGUGGUGAGGAUUUGGGUGCAUCCAAUCACGGAAGGCUACGCUUUAAGGCCGACGAAAACGACCUGGAACGAGAGAGCGUUGAAAGGCUUGGAUUUCUUCCUCAGCGAGUGCGAGAAACGAGAGGUUAAAGUCGUUUUAGUCCUCGCGGAUAAUUGGUACGCCACGGGCGGGAUCAAAGAGUAUUGCGAAUGGUCGAGGACGUGUCGAGAUCAGAGCGAGUUUUUUACGGACGAGGAAGCGCAGAAGUACUACAAGGAAACGAUUAAUUACCUGGCGUACAGAACGAAUUCAAUCACGAAGCGUCAGUACCGAGACGAUCCGACGAUUAUGGCGUGGAAUCUAGCCAACGAAGCGAGAGCGAAAGGCAAGUCGCGAGAGGACAUGCGACGGUGGAUCGAAGCUUCGUGCGAAUAUCUGAAGAAGAAAGCGCCGAAUCAUUUAGUUGCAGUUGGGUAUGUGCUAUAG